AUGAAUCUACUCGCGCGCAAGACCUCGAAGUCGUCUUUGGAGAAGGAGGACAGAAGUCGAGGGCCGACGGGUCAGGAUGCUGGUGCAGCGGAGCGGGUUCCUGAAGACACCAAGCCAUCGCUGUUUCGCCGGCUGAGCAAGAAGACCAGUCGAUCGAGAGAGAGAGAGGCACCCCCUCAGAAUGAGACGUCAAUUCCUGAGCCAAUCGAGGGGGGUAAGGCGCACCAUGAGCGAAAAGCAGCGACAGAAGGUGUGGGCGACAAAGUCGUGUCGUCAAAGGUCGCCGAAGUACCGCCCCAUCUCAGUCACGCCGACACCAAAGGGAAGCAGCCAAUGAAGCCGAGCCCGUCGCCUCAUGCAGAGAAACAGGCGUCGGCGCAUCACCUGGACCCAACCACGGAGAAGACAGUUGCCUCGCUACGCAGGAAGGCCUCCGACAGGUUGCAAACAGAUGCCCAAGCAGGCGGAAAUCCUAAAAGCGAUCGCCGCCCUGCAGGCUUGACUAAAGAAGACGUCGAACAUCUCUUCUCUGGAGCCCCUCAAUUUGUCCUCGAGAAGGGUCGGAGGGGACGCUACUUCCCCCAAGCAUUUUUCCCGUGGAACAAUGACCUAGAGAUAUCUGACCUCCAGGACCGGAGAUAUAUCAAGCAUGAAAGCUUCGCCCUCGCGACGUUACAUGCCCACCUGCCAAUCCCCGAUGAAGUCAACUGGAAACCAGGGAUGGCACCUCCUGUCAAGAAGGAGGGUCUUGAACUGGGAAAGCGGCCAAUGUUUGAACUCGGAAUCUUUGAGCGACCGAACAUGCUGAGCAUCGAAGGUCGGGAGCCGGGCACCGUAGGUAUGCGUUAUUUUCUCGAAAGACCCGUAGCAGAUGGCAUGACGGACGAAAAGAUCAGGGAGCACGGCAAGGACGUCGAGAUUGACCUAGCCAUUGCAAAUGCCCCCGCGAUGGAGGCCUUCAAGAUGCUCGCCUUGAGCAAAGAGAAUGAUGACUUGCAUGCGAAAAUCGGCAAGCACGCGCCCGCCCAGGAGCGAACCAGAUUGAUCAAAGAAGGUCCCCACGCGUGGAAAUCAGUAGGUGUUCGGGACAUCAGUAUGGAGGUUCUGGCCGACAGGAUGGAUCAGAUUGGCGAGUUGCGCAAUCAUGUCCUCAAUGCGGGCUGGCGAGUCACAGUGUUAAAUCAUAUGGACGCUGCGGACCUCUAUGCUCAACUCUUCGAUGAGCUGCUCUAUCCACCCCACCGAGUGCCGGCAGAUGCAAGACACGGCAAGACGUCCCUGAAGAUCCAAAUUGAAGCAUUGGUCAAAGUUCUUACCACGCCUGGUGCGUGGCUCGACCUGAGCGUACCCGAGUCGCGUUUGCGCUUCGGAAAGAUCCUACAUAGCCGGACGACGCGACAUGACCGUGACACGGGCCUGCUGGUCAUCGAUCCGGAGCGCAAGUGGUUGCUCAUUCAGCUUCUCCUGGCUGUUGAAUUGGUCAUUCGCCUCGACGCGGCUCUGAGACUCGGCGUGGCGCUCCAUGCGGACAAUUUUGAAAUUAGCAGCGAGGAGAUUCACCAUUUCAAUAAACUCCGCAAUCUCAAAAUCGAUUGGGACCUUGUGACAGCCCGACGGUUCCUAUUUCUCUCCUACAUCAAGAGAAUCGAAAGGAGGGACUCAACCACCAUAUCGCCGGUCCAUACCUUGGAGCGACCCCAGACUCUCAGGCAAAAGUCCUCGGCCGAGCACCAUCACGGACUGUUCGGUGAUCUCAGACACAAGAUAGGAUUGGACAGAUCCGAGCCUGAACGACACGUUGUGCUAGAUGCCUGCGACGUGGCCAUCAUGGCUCGACAACCAGCUGUGAUGGUGGACGGGCUCUUCCGCUUCGCCACUAACAUUGGGUGGCCCCGGAGCGAGCAGCUCCACGAUCACCUGAAGCACAAGCUAUGCACGGCUUCGGACAAAGAGAGGGAAAAGCUGCUCAUGGAUGCAAUCGUGUGUCCUGAUGAAAACACUGGUGCAACUCAUCCCGUCAAUCUGACUCCUUCGCUUCAGAGUUUCAACGUCGAUCUACACGCCGCGACACCGACCACCAUUGGUGGCUGGCUCUCACACAGCUGGCUCUCGGCCAUGAUCCUCCCAGGCACCUCGAUCUGCGAUAUUUUGAUGUCCACGCUUCUCGAGAACGACCCUAACCCACAUACUCUCAAGGAUCUUGGGACUGCCAGCCUACCGCUGCGGGGAUCGGGGUUCGUCCUCGACGGCUCCUCGUGGUGGUCGAAAUCCUGUAUCGUGGGACGCGUCAUGGCCCCCAUGCAGGGGGCGAAGGAGUCCAUGGGCUGGGUCUACACACCCAAGUUUGUGCCCUUGUAUGAGAACACCAGCAAGCCGCUCAGCACCCGCUGGGUGAAGAUCAAAUCAUUCCCCGUGCCCACAGAUCGCGACCGGCCUAGGAUAUUCGACGGCGAGAAGCUGGCCGAGGACUCGACUCCACUGGGCAAGGGCAAAGGAGGGAUCAUGGGAACCGAGUUCAGUAUGGUGACGGACCACGUGUUGGAUGAUGCGAGCACGCCAGAAGUCACAGUCAAGGAUAUCAAGGUUCAUCUAUCCAGCUCGGAUGUCACAGCGACAUCUGCAGAGCACCCAUUGUCAGCAUGGGCCCAGUUCGAUCUCAUACUCGGCCCAUCUCGAUCCCAUCAAUCAUCAAGAGACGUGCCGGCCAUCGAGACAAGACAGCUCCAAAUCCGCUACGGUCUCGAUCGUGCUGUGUAUUUUGUGACCUCUUACCCAUGCCGCCUGCCCCACGGCCAUGCCACAUUCAAGUCGGGCUCUCAGGAUGCACAUCACGAACAUCACCACCCCAAGCACGUAAAAGGCGUGGCGGAACAUAUCCCUGCCCACCCACUGCACAAGACGUACUCCUACGUGACCAAGACACUGGCGGAGAUUGUCGAGAAUCCACACUUGGAUCCCCCGAACCCGACGAGGAUGGGUGACGAGGGGGUCUGGGUCAUCGACGCACGAAGCCAUGGCUGUUCGCCACACAAUUCCGAGACGAACUUGGCAGGAGAGACACCUACACCGGCUUCAUCACCGCCGCCACCAGCAUCAGCAGCAGGAGCGGGAGCCAGCACCGUCACCUCUCCCAAGGUCCACCUCGACUAUCUCCAGCACUACCUGCACGGAAGCAGCGAUCCGCAACUGUGGAAAAAGGACAUCCUCGUCCGAGCAUGGUGUGCCGAAAAGGGCCGCAACGCCAUCGUCGCUAGGGUCGGGCGCACGUGCUUGUCCUGUGCGAUCCGCGAGGCCAAGGCGCUCGAGAUCUCGGUCAUUAUCAGGGUCGGGAUCGAGGAGUGA